AUGUGUAAACCACACAUUCUAUUGCCCAGUUGGUAUCACAUGGAGAUAUUAACAACAAUUGAAAGAAAAAAUAUAGAUAUUUUUUUAGGACAAAAGAAUGAAGAUGAAAAUUAUUUACAAAGAAUUGAAGUAAAAGGAAAGAAACCAAGAAAAUUAUUCUUUAUCAUUGGAAAUAAUAGAAUUUUCUUUUUUAAAGUUGGUGGUAAAAUUGAAACAGAUCAUCAUUUUUUAGAUAUUUUAGAAUUAAAAUAUGAUGGUAUAAAAGAAAUAACAUUAAAAUUUAAAAAUGAUAAUGGUAAAGAACCAUUAAUAUUUGGAGUUGAAACAGAUGCAGAUGCAUCAGAGAUUGUUUUGGCAAUUGAUUAUUUAUUUACAUUGAAUUUUCCAGGUAUGCAAUCAAAUAGAUUAAAGAUUACAGUACCAGAACCAAAGAGAACCGAAAUUUAUAGUUCACCAAAUGCAUUGAUACCAGAUAUGGGAGCAUGUGGAGGAUUCACUUUAACUUAUUUCUCAAUGUGUGAUCAUAUGAACAUUCAACCAAUUAGUGAAGUAUCUUGGCAUAUUGAAAAUGUUAUCUCUGGUACAUUAAUAAGAGAAUUCGAUUAUGGUUUCUUUUUUAAAAAAGAAAGAAUCAUCACUGCUGACGCAAGACCAAUCAUGGCAGCAUUAUCAAUUAAUCCUUAUUUUAAUUCAUUUUCAAUUAAAGAUAUUAAAUUAUCAAGUGAAUGUAUUUUUUCAAUAAUUGGUUUAAUUAAUCAAAAUUUAUAUUUUACAAAAUUAGUAUUAAAUGGUAUUGGAUUAGAUAGAUCAACAACAGAGAAAUUAAUUGAGGCAUUUAAUAGUAAUAAAAUGAUACCAUUGAGAGAAUUAGAUCUUGGUAAUAAUUCAAUUGAGGAUAAGGGUAUGAUGGUUUUGGGUGAAUAUUUAAAGGUUACACCAUAUGAAUUGAAAAGUUUAAUAUUGAAUAAUUGUUCAGCCGGUAAGAAUUCAAUGACAGUGAUUGGUGAAGCAGUUUCUAAUAAUGAAAAUAUUUUAAAGAAUUUAAAGUAUUUGGAUGUCAGUGGUAAUAGAUUAGAGAAUGAUGGGUCAUCAUCAUUUUCAAAGCUAUUGGAGAGAUCAAAAGUGUUGUCUACUUUUUUAAUUGGUAAUAGUAAUCCACAGUUUCAUCAACUUUCAAAGGUUUGUAUAUCGUUGACUAAAUUUGAUAACUCUGGUAAUAGAAUCACGAGAAAGGAUAACAUUCACAGAGAUAUGGUUAGCUUUUUAAAUCAUUCCAUCUAUCUAUCGAGUUUGAAUCUAUCAAAAUGUCAAAUUCCAGUGGAGGCAGUCGCCGAUAUCUUUGGCGAGGGUAACCUAAUCAAAUUGGAGACUUUGAACAUCUCUGACAACGAUUUGGGCGACGAGGGCAUAACGAUCCUCUGUGAUUUCAUGGCAAACCAUCAAAGUAUUCGUAAUUUAGAUCUUAGUGGUAACUUUUCAAAGAGAACUAAAGCUAGACAAACCGCUAUAGAAUCCAUUGUUAAUAUGUUGGAAAAGAAAUCAAAGACUCACAAUUCCAUACGUUCUUUGAUUUUAAACAGUGGUUACACCGGUGGCGGUAGUAGCAGUAGACAGUUGAAGGGCGAUCUAUUGCCAAUCGUAUGCUCGGUGUUCUACAAUGGCUCUUUGAAGGAGUUGGAUAUCAGUGGUCAUUCAAGUGGCGAUAUUUUAGCAGCUGCAAUUGGUAAACUCUUGCAAUGUAACACUGGUUUGGAAACUCUCUAUUUCGAUGAUAACUCUAUUAGUAGUCGUGGUUUGACUUUAAUUAAAUUUGGUUUACAAAGAAAUACAACAAUCACUCAAUUACCAUUACCAAUUAAAGAUAUUGCUGCCUCUUUGAAAAGUGAUGCAACUCCAUUGAAUCUUCAAAAGUUAACAGAGGUUUCAAAUGAAAUUCAACAAACUAUCCUAGACAAUUAUACAAAUAAAAUUCAAGGUACAACUCUAACAAAUAAUUCAAUUAAAACUCAAUCACUCUCUAGAUCAAGAGCAAAUUCAACUCCAUUAGUAAUUGAUACAAAAUCAACAAUUGCAACUUGUGCUGGUUUAAAUUCUUUUAUUUCAAUUGAUAUUGAUAAUACAAUUGAACCAUUAGCAAAUUUAAUUGUUAAUUAA